GAAAAAUAAUUCAACACAAUCUGCUUAGUUUUGUGUCCUCAAAUGUGAAAGUUAUGCAUUCUGUCCAUUUCCCUUUCUGUUUUUUUUUGGUACUGUUUUAGGAAAUGAUGACCAAACUGAUAACUGAGACUCCAGACCAUCCGAUUCCAUUUCUAAUCGGACAUUUACAGACCAAACAGGAAAGUCCAGGCCGGCUUCACCGAACGCUGUCUGGAUCUGCAGCUCUGUGGGCCGAGAGCGGCUGUUCAGAAUAUAAAAGCAAUCGACGGGAUUUCAGGAGUUACGACAGAGCCUGGCAGAUUCACCCCAAAAAGCCCAAGAAGUCCAAGAGUGACUUAGCAGUGUCCAACAUUUCUCCUCCUUCUCCUGAGUCUAAAUCACUGCCUCGUUCCAUAGAGUGUCCCUCAUGGGACUGGAGGACCAAACCCGAGAGCCGAGACUUUGACGAGCUCAACCACAUCCUGAGAGAGAGCAAGAAGCUGGGCAAAGCGUUGGAGAACCUGUCCCGAAGUAUUGCCUUAUCUGAUGAGCUCGAUCAGGGCCCGCGGCUUUAUAACUCGGUGUUGCGGCCCCGUGUGGUGGGCGAGUGGCUGGGCAGAGACGAGGAUGACGCUGACCCGCUGGCUGCUGAGAUGCUCCAGCCACCUGUCCCGAGGGCAAAGAACGAGGGAUGGAGCAGCCGAGACACCAGUCCUGCAGGGAGUCUGAAGAUGGAGGUGAAGACGAAAGGGCUGAAACAGCAGCAGCAGCACCGGAAGAAGCUCCUGGCGGCCAUGUUGUCUCAGGACUCGUUUGAGUCCAUGGCCAGCUCGGCUCCGUCCGUCACCGAGGACGAGAUGGAGGACGAGGACGACGCCAUGGAGCUUCUGGAGGACCUGGAUGACCUGAGGAUGGAGGGGGUCACUGGCCUGGUUUCUUCUGGCAGUAAGUUCAGCCAAGGGCGCAGCUCCUACUGCCCCGAACCGCAGGCCAAAGUCACCCUCAACAUCUGCUCAAGGUGUGCCAGGCUUCAGGGGGAUAGUCUCGCUCCAGCCGGAGCUGAAGAGGAACCAGCACCGCAUGUUCCUGAGCAGGCCGUGCCUGAAGUGACAUGUCCAUUGCCUGGAGUGACAGAGCCUCCGACUGCCGCCGAGCUGGAACUCCAGAGUACUUCUCAAGUGUCCGCUCCGCGAUACCCUGCAUGGGCGCCGGACGUGAAGCCGGUGAGAGGCACGAGCCCAAAGGCACAGAGGCGUGCUCUACAGCUCGAGGAGCUUCUCUUUUCUAAAGAGCUGGAGAACAUGGGCAAGCACCUCGCUGAAGUGGAGAAGGACUUGGCCAAGCUGGCUGAACAAGGGAAGCUCAGCAGGAGUCCCAUCAGCCCCCACAGCAGCCUGCUCCUGCCUGUGAACCCCCAGAGUGCCAACGCUCUUCCCAUGCCAGGCUUUAGCUCCAAGCCCAACUCGCCAAGCAAGACUCCCAUGCUGCCGCUCAUCAUCAGCCGGACUCAAUCUCCCAGCAACCCCUGCAGCCGAGCCCAGACUCCCAGCAGGCCCCUGACCCCCAACAGCCUCAUGAUGCGCUCUCUACCCACUGCUAGCCACGGAAACCCAGAUCGUAUGUACAGGCGCUCCAGGAGCAGACCGGUUACCCCGACUGGGCAAAUAACGCGACCUCUUUUGACCCCGCCAGGUCUCAGCAGCACGGACAGCUUCAGUCUGCGCAGCACACUGUCUGAGGAUGAGUUUUACCGGCAGCUGCAAGCCGUCAGACAGCCUUGGCUCAUCCCCAGUGACACUGAGAGCGAGUGUAUGGAGCGUCCAGAGCAGGACAAGUGUAACCCUGGCGGAAUGAGAGAUGCCAGUAAACGAUCAGUGUUUUCAGGCUUAUAACACGACAACUGCAGACGGAGACCCAAUCAUAUUUAUGCAAUCUAAACGGGCAUUUUGAACAUUGUGAAUAAGCCAGAGAGAGACUUAUUUUUUAUAAUUCCUAUUUAAAAAAAAGGAUUGUGUACUUUUUUUCCACAGAGGUUAAUAUUUCUUAGAACCUGGCACAUCUGUAUGCUAAAGUACAAAUACUUGAAAUUAGAGAAUGUAGUAUGUUGAUAAGAAUGCUGUCUAUCUGCUGUGUUUGAUUUGUUUGCCUUUUUAGCAUGCUUCCCAUUACUGAGUUAUGGGAGAAAAUCUUGACACAUGGCCUUGCAUUGAAGUUAUGUAUACGAUUUUAUGUGCCAACUGAUGAAAAAAAAGAUAUUUUUGAUAACCAUUUUCAGUAAAGGAAAUGGCAGCCUUGUUUAGAUGGAUGUGUGAAUAUUAAAGCUAGGUAGAGAAGCACCCUUAAGCCAGGUUUACACUGUAUGAUUUUCAGCCCAGUUUUAUCACUGCAGAGGAAAAGCGCACAUCCUAAAAGAAUCUGGCUCAGUGUGGCAGCCAGGGAAAAAAAAAAAAGUUCUGUCAGUGUUUGAAAUGUUUGAGUAGAAACUUAGAGCGUGAGCGUUGCUUCAAAGCUUGUCUAAAAGUAAGGUGACUUACGCAGGAUUACGCAGAGCUGAUGAGAGAGCUACAAAGACGUUAGUAGCAAUGUCGAAGCAUAAACAAAACAAGCUAAUGGAAAAAAAACAUCCUUAUUACCUCAAGCGCACUUGAGAAUGUUUCUGUUUUUCCGCUCAAGCCCGGAUCGGUCAGCUUGAUGACGUACGCAGAACGUAGACAUUUUCUUUAAUCUAUCGUUAGAGAAACUUCGUUCGAGAAUUUGAGAUUUUUCUGGGAUCAUCUCAUACAACGUGACAGAAUCGUACAGUGUAAAAGAGGCUAUAUCCUGUAUCACUGCCCUGGAAGACCAACACAGCAAGCACUCUUUUACUUCCUACAACGAAUGACAAAAGUAACGUGUAGAACAAGAUGAGAUUUAUUUGUUAUUUUGUACCAAUGAUGCACUACGUAUAUAUAUCGCCUGCUACACCUUGUAUGAUGCAAAUUAAACUGAUUUAUACGGUUCCUUGUCUUGUCCUGUGUCCAUUUUUUAUGGGACAUACUAUAUACACUAUAGGGCCAAAAGUAUGUGGACACUCCUCCUAAUGAUUGAGUUUAGGUGUUUCAUCCACACCCAUGGCUAACAGGUGAAUAAAGUCAAGCACAUCGCCAUGCAAUCUCCAUAGGCAAACAUUGGCAGCAGAAUGGGUCGUACUGAAGAGCUCAGUGACUUUAAGUCGCACGUCAGUUCUUGAGUGCUAUUAGUACAAAAUGAAGGCAUCUAUAAGCAACAACAGCUCAGCCAUGAAGAGGUAGAGGUAGACCAGGCAAACUCGCAGAGUGGGGUUGCCGAAUGCUAGAGUGCGUAACAUGUAAAAAUUGUCUAUACUCUGUUGCGUCACUCACUACAGAGUUCAAAACUGCCUCUGGAAGCAACAUCAACACAAGAACCGUGCAUCCACAGCUUCAUGAAACGGGUUUCCAGGACCGAGCAGCUGCACACAAGCUUAAGAUCACGAUGUGCAGCAAGAAGCAUCGGCUGGAGUGGUGUAAAUCAUGCCGUCACCAGACUCUGGAGCCGUGGAAACAUGUUCUCUGGAGUGAUGAAUUACUAUCUGGCAGUUUAAUCGAACAUAUUAAUGCCCAUGGUGUUGGGAUGGGAUCCAACAAGCUCAUAUAGGUAUGAUGGUCAGGUUGGACAUGUUUUUGGCCAUAUAGUGUAUAUGCUAAUUUCAUUAAAGUGUAAAUAAUGAAAAUAGGAAAAAUUAAAUAUAUAGAAUAAUUGAUGUUCAUGAUUCUACUGGCAUAUUUUACAGUGAUUACAGUGCAGUCUCUUAAAAAAGGUUUUUUUUUUGUUGUUGUUGUUGGUUUUUUUGCUUCCUUUAAACCUCGAUGGAGAUGAUGGAGGUGGUGUCUAAUAGCCGAUUCUGAAACUUGACAACCCCAGGAAUCUUUAUACCUUCCUUCCUCACUGUGUGUGUAUGUGUCUGUCUGUAUGUAUGUAUGUGUUUCUGUGUUUUAAUUUAUAGCACAUUGUUUAAGACUUUUUAAUGGUGCCAAUUGUUUUUAAUUUCAUGUUUAGAUAUUUUUUAAAAACCUACUGCAGAUCAUCAGCCAUCUGUAUCACAUGGUGACAUUGGCAAUGCCCCAGGGGUGUGUAAACUUUUGCACCACAUAUUUCUAUAUCAGUUGAUUGUCUUUUUGUUUUGUACAAUCAUAAUUAAGCAUGGUUCAUUUGCUGUGGUGAGACAUAAUUCAAUAAAAACAGCUAUAACAGUGACAUCACUUUGAACACUGCUAGUUGUUGCCAUGGCAGCAGUGAAGUCAGAAAAUAAAAGGAAAAAGAAACUCAUUCUCCUCGCUCAGCACUUAGGAACCGCACAGAAUACAUUCCAUACUUUAAACAUCUUCAAAUUUUGAAAAGGACCUGCUAUUGAUAAAGUCUCUGUGACAACGACAGCAUGGGUCCUGAUCAAGCGUCGUCUCUGAACCUGGCGUUGUUCCUAAGUAGACUGUAAAUUU